AUGAGUUCAGCUUUUUAUCGAUGGAAAACGAUGACCACAAAUUGUUUGCAAGCUCUAACAUCAAAAGUCACAAAGAAGGCCUCAUUGUCUUCAGCCAAUCAAGAGUUAGCUAACGAGCACAAAGCAACUCGAGUUCUUGCAGUUGUCUUUGUCUGUUUCUUCAUUUGCUGGACUCCAUUUUUUAUCGCAAAUUUUACUUAUGGGUUUUGUGGUGAGGCAUGCGAACUGCCUCCUUGGAUGGGUUCAGUUUUUUUGUGGUUGGGUUAUAUCUCAAGCACAAUAAACCCUCUCAUCUAUACAAUCUUCAACAAACGUUUUCGUCAAGCUUUUGUUCGAAUUCUUCGUUGUCAAUGUUUCCAUUCAUUGAGGGAUCCUUAUAGUUUUUAUUCGCGUCACACAACCAUUCUUCCUGACACUUAUUACACUUGUUUAUUGCCGUUGGCAUACCAUGUAAGCUCAAAUGCCGAACGGGCAACGUCGAGAGAAGAAAAUGGAGUUGGAGAUGGAAUGACAACGAGAAAAGAAGCUGCAGAGUUUUUGAUGAGAAGCAUUCGGCAAAAAUACCCCGGAAGCAAAAUCGAUCAAUGGAUAUCAGAGGGCCCUUCGUCUCCCGAUCAAAAUGGUGGAAAAAUUGAAAUAGGGAGUCGAAGAGGCACAAGGGCGAUAACACUCGACGGACCACUUCCACCACCACUUCCUAGACCGGUGACAAUGGUGCGGCGUUCGAUGACAUCAAUUGGUACUUCGAUGAUUACUUCAAACCAUUCUAUGUUUCAUUCGGCUAGCUCUGAUUGGGUGACAGCUUCAAUGGAGAAUAGCACAAAUAACAAAGAGAAAACAGAUGACUCCAUAAAUGAGUGGAUAGACUCAUCAAAUGAAUGUCCCUGUCCAGUUUUAUCAACAGCAAGAGCUUCUUUAAUGGAAACUUCAGCUACAACAACCACUUCAUGUAGUACAUCGGGUGGUUCUCCUUCUAUGAUUCUCUUCAAUACGGUAUUCUCUCGUCCUGUCCGGGAGACUUUUCUU